UCAAUAACACGUCUUUAUAUAUAAUAUAGAAUAUCUAAUAAUGUUAUGAAAAUAUUAAAUAAUAUUAUCUUGUUAUUCUGUUCUGCAAGUUAAGAAUUGAACAACUUGAAGAUGAAUCAUUUGGUUUUUGUAAUAUUGGCAGCUUUUCUUAAUGCAGCAACCACUGCGGGGAAGAGAAUAGAGGUUGACAAUAAUAAUGGAACACACAAGCUAUACUCCGUAAGGAAAACCUCAAAUGGAUUAGGAGAGAUGUAUGGAGAAGUUAAUUCCACCGGAUUCAUCCCAAAAGUGAACCAACAUAAAAGGUCUAGUUCAGAACAGAUCCUCAUCGUUGAUAUGAGUUACGCUACGCAACAAAAUGUAUUAAUACACGCAAGAGAAGCUUUUCGAUUUUACAGUACACCGCUGGAUAUGGCAAGACAUAUCAAAAAAUUAUUGGACAGAAAUUUGUAUGGGUAUUAUAACUGUAUUGUUGGCACAUCAUUUUCGUAUUAUAUAUCCUAUGAUUUGCGUCAUUUAAUCUUUUUCAGAAUGAAUGGAUAUUACAUUUUGGUAUUUAGACGAGGAAGUAGACCAAUUCGGUGACACAGUGCAUAUUAUUUGAUUUGUAAUGCUUUAACCAAUUAGAAUCUUUAUCGAAUAAAUAUUAAAGCAUAUCAUCUGA